AUGAAGGCGAACAAAUGUUUACGAUCAUUAAAUGUUGCUUGGAACGGAUUUGGUAAAGAGGGAGCAAAAGCUUUAGGUGAAGCCCUGCCGGAAAACGACAGUUUAACUGAAUUAGAUGUUACAAAUAAUAGAAUUAAUGCAAACGGGAUGGCUUUGUUUAUGAUUGGAUUACGCACUAAUGAAACUCUACAAAGUUUAAAGCUUGGAAUGAAUCCAUUCAGCAGUGAAGUUGCAAAGCAUUUACUUCUUAUUAUAGAAGCUAAUGAGAAAUGUGCUUUAACACACCUAGAAAUGUCUGAUGUGUCUGUAGACGAAGAUGUUGUUGCAGUACUUGAACGGUUGGCUGGUAAUCGACAUUUAAGUGUAAAUCACGGGAAAAUCGUUCGCAAAGUACCCGAAAAGCCCUACGUCCCACCACCCCUACCUCCACGUGAUCCUCUUGAAUUAAUGUUCGAGUUCAAAUACGAGCAUGGAUACCGGACACUUGACCUACUGAUGAGAAUGGAUAAAGAUAAUAAUAUGGUCGUCGACAGAGAGGAGUUUAAAAAUGGGCUUUUGGAAAUGGAUAUUGAAGCUGAUGAUGAUCAAAUCGAUGAGCUUAUGUCUAGGCUGGACACUAACUCUGAUGGGAAUAUUGAUUAUAGUGAAUUCGUACAGGGAGAGAAAGAAUACGGCUCUAGACAGAAGAGACACAUGAACAUGCAAACUCUGGGAAAAAUACGUUCAUUGGCAGCGGCUAUGUUAAAACUUCGAGUGAAGGCACACAUGAAUGACGCAGAAACACGAAGACUUAGUACUCAAAAUACGGAAUCAAAGCUUACAGCACCGAAAUAAAUCAGUAGCUAAAACAAAACAGUGUAUGGGAAUAACAAAUAUAAUUCAGGCGCGUAGCGUGGUAUAUUCAGUUACUGUUAGAGUAAUAUGCUAUCAGAGUCUGAUCAAAAGCUAGAUACUCGAACGAAGCAAUAGUGGGAACGGCUGGUACAGCAAUGCUAGUACAUAGUAGUAAAAGCUGUUUUUCUGUAGUUUUUUUAAUUUCAGAAGAAAGAUCAUGGCAACACAUCUACUGAUAAUAUCCAUCCAUGACUUUUUCUCAGUCUUGAAAGUGGGAUGUGGCCGGGAAUGAUGAUGAUGACUGCAUGAAAUAUGUAAAAAGACUUGGGUGUUGUAAUAUUGUAUUAUAAUUCUAUGUAACUGUGUUAUUUUGAUUACGGAAGAUACGCCACUUUUCAUUGAAUAGCAUUCAUUGAAAGCCGCCAUAUGAGCACAUAUGCGGAGGUCUCAAAAGUGAAUGUUGGUACCUGCUUAACCAGGGGCCAAAGGGCAUGUAGGUACUACCGUUUAUAAAAAGGCUCAGUCUCGGACGAGUUUCCUUUGUUUCUGUUUUUUCUUUGUAUUUAUGUUUUGAGGAGGACCUUGUGUUAGACUGGCUUGUAAUCAAUAAUGUAAUUUAUGUUAUUAUUAUUAUUAUUAUUAUUAUUAUUAUUAAUAUCAUUAUUAUUAUUAUU